AUGCAGGUUGCAGAUGGCCUAUCCAAGCUCAACUAUCCCAAUGGAGGAUUCCUUGAGGGCUUGACAAUGUACUCGCCUGAGUUCCAGGCCGGAGAAACGAAACUUGUUGGACAGGCUUUUACGGUCAAGUUUGUUCCGAAGUCGGACCAGGAUGCACCAAAGCUCCAGGGGAACUACAUUGAUCAAAUCCCCAACGGUGCGGUCGUCUUUAUCUCCCAGCCCUUACCUCAGGUUAACGCUAUAUACGGCGGGUUGAUGAGCCUCCGGGCGCAGAUUCUCAAUGCUGCGGGUGUGGUAGUAGACGGCCGAAUUCGAGAUCUAGGAGAGCACCGCGCUUUGAAGUUUCCUGUUUUUGCCAAAUCCGUUGGGACGACUGCUGGAGGCGAAGUCUGUCGUCCAUCUGAGGUCAAUGUUCCUGUCCGUCUCAACUCUGAGAACCAGGAAGCAUGGGUAGCCCCUGGUGACUAUAUCAUUGGAGACCUCAAUGGUGUGGUGCGCAUUCCGAGGGAUCUUGCCGAGAAAGUCCUUGAUCUGGUUCCUGCUAUUGCUGAUGCUGACGUGAAAUGCGCCGCGGGUAUCAAGGCUGGUCGCUCUGUCCAGGAGGUGUUUAAGGAGUUUCGUGGCCGAUAG